AUGGAGACACCUUCCUCAGAAACAUCGGGUGUCUCUGUUCCAAGCACCGAGGCGGCAGUCUCGGCAUCUGCUGCCCGCCGACUCGGUGCUAAAAGAGCAGCUGCGCAUGCUGCCCUUGGGCCUCUCCAAGAGGAGAAGGCUUCCCCAUUUUCUCCCGGGGAAGUCAGUGCCAAAAGACAAUGCCGCGGUCUUACUGAGAAGUGCUGCGGCUAUGACAGUGACAUGACAUCGUGCUCCUUUCUCAACACCCUCUGGAAAGUUGUUGAAAGUGUUGGCUUCCAGUCCAUUCGGUGGGGCGAUGAGGGAGACUUCAUUGUGAUUGAGGAGGCAUUCUUCAGAGCGGAAGUACUGGCCAGAGGAGGAACUCUCCAAGUCUUUGAUGUUGGCAACAUGAAAGAUUUUGUCCGUCGCCUUCAUCAGCAUGGCUUCUACAUCACGGACGCGGAUUUGCCAACGUCUGCCCCAUGUGCUCAGUUCCUAGCACAGGGAGCAUCAAUUUCCACUCCGAGCCAGGUACGUAGUCCCUCUAGCUGUGAGAUGGCUCUCGGCACAGCGGCAUUGGUGGCCAGCCAGUGCAAAGUGAGGUGGCUGACAGCUGGUGACACUUGGGUACUUGUGCCACUGUGUGUUACUGGUCACUUGAACGACGGAGUGACCAGUACAAGACAAGACUGUGGUGUCUAA